AACAUAAGAAUCAACGGCCCAGAAGAAAUCUGACUUGGGCCCACCAUCUGAUGGAACCCAAAGAGAUAAACACGAAUAUAGUAAACCCUAACCAAAUCCACUUAUAAAACGCAGCCCCCACCAGCUGCCUCCGCCUCCCAUCUCUCCUCUCUUCAAAACCCAAAAAUGUCUGACGAAGAGCACCACUUCGAGUCCAAGGCCGACGCCGGCGCCUCCAAGACCUAUCCCCAGCAGGCCGGUACCAUCCGCAAGAAUGGAUACAUCGUCAUCAAGGCCCGUCCCUGCAAGGUUGUUGAAGUUUCCACCUCCAAGACUGGCAAGCAUGGCCAUGCUAAGUGUCACUUCGUUGGUAUUGAUAUUUUCAAUGGAAAGAAGCUUGAAGAUAUUGUCCCUUCUUCCCACAACUGUGAUGUUCCUCAUGUCACUCGUACUGACUAUCAGUUGAUUGACAUCUCUGAAGAUGGAUUUGUGAGUCUGUUGACUGAAAAUGGGAACACCAAGGAUGAUCUGAGACUCCCAACUGAUGAGAACCUGUUGACUCAGAUCAAAGAUGGUUUUGCUGAGGGGAAAGACCUGGUUGUCACUGUUAUGUCUUCCAUGGGAGAGGAGCAGAUCUGUGCCCUGAAGGACAUUGGUCCAAAGAAUUAAAUUGAUUUGCAUGGUGCUAGUCCAACUGAAGUUAAAACGAUUUUUGUAUUUAUCUUUUCCGAGACUUGAGUAGGUAUAGAAUACUACUAUUUGGACGCGUUUAAGUCAAUGUUGGCCGUUAUAGGACUAGUCUCCUGUUGUGCUAUGCCUAAUUGUUCUUUAUAUUUUGGGAUUAUGUGAUUUUGUUAUUCAACAGUGCUUUGUUUAAUGGUCAUGUUGAAUUAUUUCCAAGCUUUCCAUUUUAUGGCUUUUUAAGUGGAAUCAUGGAGUGAUAAAUGGUUGCUUUAAAC